UUUUCCUCCCUGCCGUUUCCUCGCAGGGUCAAAGCGAAGAAAGGGGUGAACCUGCUGCAGACCAAGUCCAAGCAUGCUCAGUGGAAGGUAGACUGGGAGGUGCAGCCCGGCGCCAAGCAUUCCAUCACCACCAUCAAUGUGAGCAAGAACAAGGCAGUGAAGCAGGGUGAUGUGCUGGGGAACGUGGAGGUAAUGCAGUUGGAUUUUGAGAUGGAGAACUUCACCAGCCUCUCGGUGACCAGGAGGAUCAACUGGAACAUCGACUACAAGGGACAGAACCCGGUGCCGGACUCGGAAAAGGUCGUGACGGAGCUCACGGUGGUGCAGCGGGACAUUCAGGCCAUCAUCCCUCUGGCUAUGGACACAGAGAUAAUCAACACGGCCAUUCUGACCGGACGCACCGUGGCCAUUCCCGUCAAAAUGGUCUCCAUAGAGAUGAACGGAGCCGUUGCCGACGUCUCAGCCUUUGUGCAAUGCAAGUCGUCUAAUGAAGACAUCAUAAAGGUCUCCAUGAAUUGCGACUAUGUGUUCGUCAACGGCAAGGAGACGCGGGGCUCCAUGAACGCCCGAGUCAUCUUCAGCUACGAGCACCUGAGUGCGCCGCUGGAGCUCACCGUCUGGGUGCCCAAGCUCCCCCUACAGGUGGAGCUCACCGACAACGCUCUGAGCUUCAUCAAAGGCUGGAGGGUUCCCAUUCUGCCUGACAGAAGGAGCACUAGGGACAGCGAAGCAGAUGAUGAUGACGACGACCGGCGAACGAAUCGCGGCUGCGCUCUCCAGUACCAGCGGGCCGUGGUCAAAGUGCUGACCCAGUUCCACACCACUUCUACGGAGGGAACGGAUCAAGUCAUCACAAUGCUGGGGCCAGACUGGCAGGUGGACGUCACAGACCUCGUCCAGGACUCCCUGAAGGUGGUCGACCCAAAGAUCGCAGAGCUGGUGGACAGGACGAUUCUUGUGGGCCUGGAACUGGGCUCCACUGUGCUGAAGGUGGAGUCUCCGCUGGCAGUGGACGCGGUGCUGGGCGAGGCGUCGUUCUCCGUCACAGAUGACAAGGUUUCCAUCACGGAGCUGCGGGUUCACACCGUGUCGGGCCUGACCCUGUCCCUGCAGCCCAGCCCCGGCAACAGCCACACCAUGGUCGCCAAAGCGUCCGGUGUCCAGACACUCACGGCCCUCAAACAGGAGGCCAGUUUGUCUGUCUGGAUGCUGUUCAGUGACAACACCGCCGCCCCCCUGAUUUACUUUGAUCCCAAAGACUACAACCUCAAUGCCUCUACUCUGGAUGACAAAGUUGUGUCAGUAUCCCAGGAGCCGCAGCAACGGUGGCCUGUGGUGGUAGCAGAAGGCGAGGGAUCAGGAGAAAUGGUGCGUGUAGAGAUGACCAUCUGCGAAGCCUGCCAGAAGACCAAACGCAAAAGCGUCAUUGCAUCUGCUGCAGUUUAUGUCAAGGUCCGCUUUGGCCCCGAGGAAGACUCGGAGGAAGAAACGACCACAGAGGGCGAGAUUGAGCUGGCAUCUGUCACCAGGCGGACAAUCAUUGAUCCCAACAUCAGUGGAAGAAUUUAUGAUACUUCUAAUGAGCAGCCUGCCAGUGUUCCCAUUGAUUACACUAAUUUCCCCACCAUUAGCAACCAAGAGCGGCCGACUGAGAGUGAUGAAGAGGAAGGGGAUGAUUUUGUGCAUUCGCCACGCAACAUGACUGAUCUUGAGAUUGGCAUGUAUGCUCUACUAGGCGUCUUCUGCUUGGCUAUAUUGGUGUUUCUAAUCAACUGCAUUGUUUUUGUGCUUAAAUACCGCCAUAAGCGCAUCCCGCCUGAAGGCCAGGCCAACAUGGACCAUUCUCACCACUGGGUGUUCCUUGGAAACGGCCAGCCGCUCAGGGCCCAAUGCGACCUGUCUCCACAGCAGGUGGAAAGUCCCAGCAACCCUUUGGAGGGGGUACAAACUUGCUGCCAUGGGGACCACCACAGUAGUGGCAGUUCCCAGACCAGCGUUCAUAGUCAGGUCCAUGGAAGGGGUGACGGCAGCUCUGGCGGUUCAACGAAAGAUAACGGCGAGGAGGCCAGUUCACCCACCUCCAAACGCAAGAGAGUCAAGUUUACCACCUUUACCACCCUCCCCACAGAGGAGCUGCCCUAUAACUCCAUCCCCAUAGCAGACGAAGAGGACAUUCAGUGGGUUUGCCAGGAUAUGGGCUUUAAAGACCCAGAGGAACUCCAUGAUUACAUGCGCAGAAUAAAAGAAAUAGCCUAAGAUUGGAGGUGCAUUGUGAAAGCUCUGCUCUCGACUUUCUAAAGAGACAGUUCCUUUCUAUUUUUUCCCUUUUUUCAAGCAAGUGAAAGAUGGUUUUUCACAAACUUUAAGGCCAACAAUUGUUGUUCUGGUUAGGGUUUGCUCCAUGUAGUUUGCACAGUGCUGUAAUCUCAUACACCCUCACACAGGAGAGAAUGCAAGAAGCCAAAGACUCGACCAGAGGAUCUCAGUCACAAGAGACGUCUGUAAAUCUUGGCUAUAGGAAACAUGUUUCACUUGGAAGCUGAGCCAUGGAGACAUAUGAGAGCUGCUCCAGCUCCAGUUUUUCAGGAUUUGACUUUUACAAAAUCCUGACAUGGACAGGAGUACAACAAGGGUUAAUGUGUUUCAGUGGCUCAGCAGGACUCUGCAGUACUGUACCUACUCCAAACAAAGAGGCCUUUGAUGAACAAGUAACUGUCAAAGACUCUAAUUAAAACCUGUUUUAAAAUAAUUUUGUUUUUGCCAAAGUAGAAAAAGCAUUCUUUUAAUGGCAAAACCUUUGUUGUUGUCGGUGUAGCACAUUCAUGAUUUGUACUCAUCUUCAUUACGUACAUUUUCUACAUUUAGUAGGUAGAUGACAGCAGUGCCCUACUACAGUUCCUGGUGUUCCUGACAAAUCUGAUGCCUUAUAAAAACGGUCACAGUUCACUUAUAUCAGUGCAGACACUGUUUUCUCACUGUUAGGAGGCUUGAGACGGCUUAGUACAGCAUUAAAGUAAAACACUACAGCUAUUCUCCAGCCUGAAGAGACGAGUGUUGCAUGAAAAGGUAACCUAAGGCACAAUCAGCCAACUUUUUCCAAAUUUGUACAUGUUUAUAAUGUAAUUAAACAAUUAUUCAUACACAUUAUUAAACUAAUAAAAUGUUACCAUGCUUUACUCGCAUGUCAUGUUGGGCUUACAUACAUACAGACAUUCCUCUUUGUAUAUAAUUCUGUCAAACUGGAGUUGCUUAAAAUGUUGCAAGUUUGUUUCUCCAAGGAGGAGAAAUGGGAAUCUGGUUGAACUCUUGGGAUCUUUAUAAUCUUGUGGUCGGUCAAAGUUUCUCCACUGUACUGCUGUGACAGAUGUAGAUUUUUAUUGCUCUGGAAUCUCAUUUGACUGUUCGAUGUGGGAAUUUGCUAUGCAUAAGUUUGAACAGAUCAAUAUUUUUGAUGAUUUAUUUCCCUUUUCAAGUUUUGCGAGCCUAAAGCUUCUGAGAAUGUAGGAAACAGAAAUACACCAGUUGAGCUGUGUUUGAAUCGCCUAGUCAUUCACUCUUAAGUCAUACAUAUUGUAGCAACGUUUAACUUUCUCAAAUUCUUUAAAGUUAAACUUGAAGUUUUUGUCAAAACCGCAAAAUUUGCUGACCAUCAGCUCAGAUUUAAGUUAACAUUUUGAGGUUUUUAUAGCAAAUAACUGGGAAUAUCCUCCACAAUUUUGAAGUGUUGUGGCAGUGAAGUAGAGUCUGUGCCGCCAUCCCCUGCUUGGUUCUCCAGUGAAAAUGUUAUUUUGACUGAGUGAACAUUUCGAAUACAUUCAGACUGACUCUCCUCCUCUAAACUCCACAGAAAUGUGAAACACCCUUAAAGAAGGUCACCGAAUAUAUUAUUGAUUUUGUUUCAUCAUUUACAUCACAGCCAUUUCAUGCUGUCCGAUUCUUUUAGCCGCAUCACGGUAUAUAUGAAUUCCAUGUUUUAUUAAUAAGUUCCAAUAAACUUGGAAUAAAUAAGCUAAAGCUUGCAAAGUUGCCCCAAACUAAACAAUAUGAGCAGGACCACAGCGUGUUAACGAACAGCGAGACAAGGAAGAAGAGAAGAAAACGUUGCCGCUGGCUGUGUGAAAUGUGUGUGUGUGUGUGUGUAUUUGUGAGGUUGUGUUCACUUUACAGACAAGCCAGAGCAGCUGAAAUCAAGCCAUCUAUUUUAGUUGUGUUAAUUGUUGCCUUUUUAAAUGUACCUGACACUGAACAUAAAUAUUAGUCGGAGAAUUAAAGAACUUUAGAAACUGAGAGUUCAAACAGAAUAUCACCGUCCAGACAGAUAGCUUUCAUUUCAGACAACCAUUUCUUUUUUUUAGAGAUGACUUUUGAAGGUUAACAUUUUUCCAGCUCUGAUCUCACAUAAAACAUUUUCUACUAGGGACUAAUGAGACAACCAUGAGAUCAAAAAUUACUUUCUAGGACGGUUUCCUCUAAUUCCCUACUCUGGAUUUUAAGGGCUUUGAUUUUUUUGAUUUUUUUUUCCUUUUACCCAACUUACUGACUGAUUUUGGCUUAUUAAAGUCCCUUUUAUAAUCAGCAUCAUCUUACCUGCUUUUCAUCCCCUAUGUUCUUAAAUUAGACACAAUCCAGAGAUAUUAUGCAAACACAUGUUUCACAGGAGAAACUGAACUAGACAUAUUUAAUUCUCUCAGCUUGAUAUUUACUAUUUGAUUGUGUGGCAGUUAAAUGGUGGAACUGUUUGCUAACAUUGUAAAUAUUGGAACAAAACCGGCUUUAAUUUAGCUUAACAUUUACAACUAUCAGUAAAAUAUUGCUUUAGCCCGUCCACAUGUACAUAGACUCACAGCUGAUAUUCAUACAUCCUGGAUUGAGUUUACUGUACUUGCUUUACUGCAUGUCUUCUUUAUGUUCUGUGUGAGAAAAAUGAGUGAGUUGUAAAACUGUUUUGAUUGCAAGGUGAAACAUUACUUUUGGGUGUCUAAAGGUGCGUUUCGACUGUAGACUUUUUUUUCUAGAAUCUACGUUCUCUCGACAUUUUCCCUAAGGGAAAGUUUCAAGAGAAGUUUAGCAGCAGAAAACAGCCCUGGUGGUCAGGUAGGAUUUUUAAGAUCACACCAAACAUUCAAGGUGGGUUUACAGUCUCUGGUUUUAGUCUUGGUUCUCUCAGUAAUCUUUAUUACAGCAGCUCAUAACUUCAUUUAAUUCGUUGUGGAAUUAUUAGUGUUUGUCGUCAUGCAGAAUAUAACGUUUCAUAGAUAUUACAUUUUAAAACGUCAGAAAAAUGUAAGUGGAAAAGAGCAAUUGUAAAACACUUUAAAUUAAUCAUGGACUACUUUUCUGUUGUUGAGGGAUUUUAUUUGUGUUUUGGCCUUUGCCUUUUUCUGUAUCAGCUGCCAAAGUCGCAGGUAAAUAAGGCCCUCUGUAGCGUCUCCAUUACAAAUGUGCACAAAACUUAGUCGAUAUUCCACUAAUGUCGACAAAAACAACAUUUUGCAGUUGCAACACUUCCAUUAAAUAAGAAACGCAAUUAAAAUCACACAUGAAUACGUUUGUUCAUGCGGUGUCAUUAAAAAAACGUACUGCCCAUGUUCCUCCAACCAACUACUUCCUGUCGUUUUCUUCUUCAUGGUUUCUUCUUCAGUUCAAUUUCGGCGCUGUAAAACUCCGAUUUCUAAUCCCAGCAAGAAUUUAUUUUUCUUGUCGACAUCUACCGUUAGAAUUCAUUUUAAAAAGUCGCACAAUUUUAUGAACUUUGGUUUUACUUAUAUUUUGGAGUGUAAAGACCAAGAGGCUCAUUACUGUAGAACUUUGCAAUCUCAAAUGAAUCUACCUUUUUCCCUGUUAAACAUUUCUGUGAAGAUUUUGAAGAGUGUUUUCUUAGCCACCAGAGAUUAGGAUUUUAUUCUGGAAAACUGAGGAAGAACUACUCAAUUUUCCCCUUCUUAAAAAAAGCCACUAGGCGGGGCUGAAGUAAACCUGAAAGAUUAUAACAGAUACCUACAGUAAUUACAGUCGAAACGCAUCUAAAGUUUGCUUACUGUUCAACCACAGCAUGAACUUCAUUUGUCAGUUUGUCAGUUCAGAUUGUUUCUGUUUUUACUUUAAAUCUCAGGAUGAAUGUAGACGACCCAAACAAACCUGGCAGUUCUCUGUUAAAUGUGACUAUGAGCCCAAACUGGUGACCGUUGAAACACAAAGUAGAAAAUAUCAAACAGCUUCUUAAUUCUGAAUUUCCCUGACUUGUUCGUGCAUUAAAUAUUCAACAGUUAGAUUUUUUUCCUCUUCAUGCAUUUUGUCUUUUUUUUUUGUAUCUUGUUCCUGAUUUUGUGUUUUCUUCAAGCUGCUAACAGAGACUCCGUACAGUAUGUAAAUGAGAAUUUUGAAUUGUAUUCCCCACCUUCACGACCACACAGUGAACUGUGCACGACAUUCACGGCUCCAGUUUUCCUGGACCAAGUUACCACCACACUGACUAUAAUAUUGUAAUGUACAGAGCACUGUUAAAUUUCCUGUAUCCUGCUGAAAACAGACCCUUGUAUUUUCCUGUUAAAUGUAAAGUACUAAAGAGAAUCCAAUACACAAGUGAAA